UCAUCCUCUUCUCCUCAUAAAAAAUAGUCUCAUAUUUCACAUAGUCCUAAACAGAGCAGAGGGAAAUUAUGGGGAUUCUUCAGAUGUCAAUUUGUUUGGUUUCUUUAAUGGUGCUUUUGACUCUUGUUGAUGCUAGAAUUCCAGGAGUUUAUCCUGGUGGCCCUUGGCAGAGUGCUCAUGCUACUUUCUAUGGUGGCAGUGAUGCGUCUGGAACUAUGGGAGGAGCAUGUGGCUACGGGAACCUAUACAGCCAGGGGUAUGGAGUAAACACUGCAGCGCUGAGCACGGCUCUGUUCAACAAUGGGCUUAGCUGCGGUGCCUGUUUCGAGCUCAAGUGCGCUAAUGAUCCGCAAUGGUGCCACUCCGGUAGCCCUUCCAUCUUCAUCACCGCCACCAAUUUUUGCCCUCCCAACUAUGCUCUGCCCAACGACAAUGGCGGCUGGUGCAACCCGCCUCGCCCCCACUUCGAUCUCGCCAUGCCAAUGUUCCUCAAGAUUGCCGAGUACCGCGCUGGAAUCGUCCCUGUUUCUUACCGAAGAGUGCCGUGCCGCAAGAAGGGAGGGAUCAGGUUCCAGAUCAACGGUUUCCGUUACUUUAACUUGGUUUUGAUCAGCAACGUCGCGGGUGCAGGGGAUCUCGUGAAGGUGAGCGUUAAGGGUUCAAGGACUGGGUGGAUGAGUAUGAGUCGCAACUGGGGUCAAAAUUGGCAGUCAAACGCGGUUCUGGUUGGUCAGUCACUCUCGUUCAGGGUCACAGCCAGUGACCGACGCAGCUCUACCUCCUGGAACAUUGUACCCGCUAAUUGGCAGUUCGGUCAAACUUUCACCGGCAAAAAUUUCAGGGUCUAAAAAGUAAAAGAACAUUAGCCCUUCUUUUUCGGGGGGUUUGUUUUUUCUUUUUUCCAAAAAUUUUCUGGGAAAGUGGGCGAGAAACUGAAGGAAAGUUUGCUUAGUGGGUGAUACUUUUUUGACUUCGUUAGGGGGUGAUUUGUUUGUUUGUUUUUUUUUUUUUUUUUUUUAAUUUCUUUGUCUAUUUUAAUUUUGGGGGUGAAAGUCAAAAGGGUAAAAGUGUCAAAGUAAAAAGUUAAAAUGUAAGGAGUUGAAGUGGCUAACCAGAAGAGUAAAAAAGCCCGCAGCUCAUUUUAUUCACAUAAUUAUACUUCUUUUAAUGUUAAUGAUUAGCGUUUUACUUUAAUUCUUAUGUUCA